UCCGCUACAACCGCAAGACAUCGCCGACACGACACACUCACUGUUUCAAUAGGAGAAACUAGCAAGAGUUUAGAGUUUUAGGGGGCAAUGGCGGAGUACGAGAGGGAGUACGGGCACCCGUACCCGCGCGUCGACCAGUACGGGAGCCCGGUGCCGCCGGUGGACCAGCACGGCAACCCUGUCCGAAGGGAGCCGGGCCAGCCGGCGGCUUGCGGCCCGGGAGGCACUGCUCCCUCCUAUGAAGCUAGCGACAUCGCGGGCCACGUGGCUGUGCCGGGCGAGUACAGCACGGUCGCGGUGAGCCACGGCCUUGCCGGCGCUGCGUACCCGCAUGAGGGCGUGGGCAGCGGCGUUACCGCCCCAGGUGGCGCGGCAUACCCUAGCGGUGGUGUCGGCCCCGGCGAAACGGCACUCGCGUACGAGGGAAUGGCUGGCGGCGGCGGCGGCAUCGGUGCCCAGCUCCAGCCGACCAAGGAGGGGCACACGACGCUGGGCGAGAAGUUGAGGCGCUCUGGCAGCUCCAGCUCCAGCUCCAGCUCGUCGUCCGAGGAUGGCGGGCAAGGCGGGCGCCGGAAGAAGAAGAGCAUCAAGGAGAAGAUAAAGGAGAAGCUCCCGGGCUCCCACAAGCACGAGGAGCAGAAGGCCGGUGGCACGACGGGGACGCAUGCAGCGGACACGCACGAGAAGAAGGGCAUCAUGGAGAAGAUCAAGGAGAAGCUCCCAGGACACCACUGAGCGUGCACCUCAGCUUGGAGAGAUGUGGUUCUUGUGCACCUGGCUAUGUAUCCUGCAUUAGUUCGGUUGCCUCUCGGUUACGUGCAUUGUGUGUGUUCGGUACCAUUAAGGUUGAGUUGUGUACUGCUAGUAGGAAUAGGAACAGGUAGUACCUGCGUAUCUCGUUUCAUUCGGUGAUGCGUGGUUUAGGCUGGCUUAGUUUGGUCGGGUCUCUCUUGUGUCAUACUGUCAUGACAUACAUCUCUCUGUGACUGUAUGCCGACGAAUGGCACUGUCGUAGCUUUGAUCAGGUUGUAUUGUGCUUGUGCAUGUCUAUGCAUC